AUGUCAACAGAGUCUGCGCAGGACAGGCAGCAGGAUGGCGAAAGAGGAAGCAGUCGCGAUGCAGAUAGUACACCCACGUUGGAAGCGCCAGUCGCCGUCAAGGUCUUCUCCCCGUCGACAGCUUCCGAGUCCUCGCAGCGGACGGCGACCCAGGAAACAGACUACUUCACCUCACAACUUGCCCUCCCGGCAUUGUCCCGCUCCCCAAGCAUCACACCUGCGCCAAGCGUUAGCACCAGUGCCAGUGAUGUGACCGCGACGGGGCAACUGCAGGUGCCAGACGCAGCAUCGCUCCUGCAUGCAUCCGAGCAGCUACAGCAGCAGCGCCCGGGCCCGCAUACGCAGAUGUCGAGCCGCAGCGUGGAAAGCACGGACAGCGAUGCAACAGUCACUGCGAAAAGUAUGAGAGCAAGCGCGCCCGCGGUGCCACAAUCAAUACAUCCCGGCUUUCCAGACCAGACCUUCGCCGCCAUUCAAAGGCAACAAUAUCCCGUGCGCCAACACCCGCGGCCCGUAGAGCUGUGGCGGCAAAGGACUUCUCAUACGGGCGGGACAGCAGCACGUCCUACUCCGCCAAGCGGAAUACAUACAUUCUCUUCUGCACUGGCGGCCUCGCUACACCCUUCAGCUCCUGGACCCGGCUUGUACACGCCAAACACGGCGACGCCGCCUGAAGAAUACGAUAAUCCGGACACCCCCGGUACGUAUGCAAGUCCUUUCUUGCACUUUACGCACCGGCAGGCGCCGAAGGAGACGCAUGUUGCCGACGUCGACGUCGACCCGAUAUCAGGUCGCAAGCUCAUCAACCACUACGAGAUCAUUGAUGAGCUUGGUCGCGGCACGCAUGGUAAGGUCAAGCUUGGUCGCGACUUACAGCUGGAGAACACGCACGUGGCGAUCAAGAUCGUCGAGCGGUAUUCGAAGCGACGCAAGCUUGGCAAGUUGGUGUCGGCGGCUGAAGACAAGGUGAAGAAGGAGGUCGCGAUCUUGAAGAAGGCUCGUCAUCCCAACGUAGUGGCCUUGCUAGAGGUCAUUGACGAUCCUACUCGGAAGAAGGUCUACAUCGUGCUGGAAUGGGUAGAGCGAGGCGAAAUCCGGUGGCGGGUCAAGGCACCCAAGGAGAUUGCAAUGGUGGAAGCGCGUCGCUACGCUAGCGAGAAGGCAGGUCACGUUGAUGCGAAGAGGACUGCUGAGGACGAAGCCGUUGUCAUUGAGGCACAAAGACGCCUUGCGAAGGAGAAGCGGCGCCGAGCGAGGGAUGAGCGGCAGUAUCUAAAGAAGAGUCUCGAGCUUGUUGGUGAGGAGGUGAGCGAGGAUUCGGAGGACGAUCGUCUGUCUCGGAUCUCAACAGCGACCACCGUCGACUCCGCAGCCGGGCUGUUCGAAGACAGACGUGGGCUUGCGCGUGCUAACUCGCCGUUACCGCCACAUGCGCCAGGCGACUCACUAGGCUUGGAUACUUCGUCGCAGUAUCGCCAAGUGACAGGGCAGCCACAGACAAUGUCACCUGUGCACGCUGCAGUCGACGCUAUGCAUCUGUUCUCCAGAGGGCUCGAGGGCACGAUGUACGGCUCUUACGCCGGCAGCUCCACCGACUCAUCCUGCAUCAACAGCCUGACGAGCAGUAUGCACGAGGCCAGCAUCAGCCCGGCAGAAUACGCUCAUGACAGCGUACUCGAUCCGGAGCUACAGUAUGCACCGAUCCUUACGAUUCGGGAUGCACGAGUAGCGUUCAGGGACACCUUGCUCGGUCUGCAGUACCUGCACUAUCAGGGCAUUGUGCAUCGCGACAUCAAACCGCCUAACCUGCUCCAGACAUUCGACUAUCGGGUCAAGAUCUCCGACUUCGGUGUCUCAUACCUAGGACGGCCUUUGCACGAAGGCGAAAACGGCGAAGAAGUCAGUGAGCAGGAUGCACAGGACUUCGACGAGGCAAAAGAACUUGCGAAGACUGUUGGCACACCCGCUUUCUACGCUCCGGAACUCUGCAUCACCGACCCAAGCGAAGAUCCGCUCCCGGUUACGAAAGCUAUUGAUGUCUGGGCGCUCGGCAUUACUCUGUUCUGCAUGCUGUUUGCGCGGACGCCUUUCGUAGAUACCGAGUUCGUUGUGAUGCGUCAGAUUGCAGAUGAAGAAGUUUACAUCCCACGAAAGCGACUAUCACCGGUGAGUGAGAAGGGUGACUCUCGGCCUCCUUCACACGGCCGCGCCUUUCCACCACAUCUCACUGGACGCCGAGAUCCACUUGCCCUUAUGUAUGAGGAAAUCGACGACCAUUUGUACGACCUGCUCAAGCGGCUGCUGACGAAAGACCCAAGAAAGCGCAUCACGCUGGAGGAGGUGCGCCACCACCCUUGGCUUGCCGCAGAUCUGCCGAACAGAGCCAAAUGGCUCGAAGAAACGGAUCCUUCUCGUCAGAGUCAAGGCAAGAAGAUUGAAGUUUCGAAUGAGGAUGUCAAGACCGCCGUUGUGCCGUUGCAGUUCCUCGACCGUGUAAGGUCCGGCAUUAAGAAGGUCACGGAAAGGCUCGGCUUCGGUGCCAGCAGCGAAAAGAGCAAGACGCCCGGUCGCGCCCGAGCGCCUUCCACUGCUGGGCAAGGCGCCACGGCUCCCUCAUCACCUGCAGCUUCCGCGAACUCAUCCAGCAGCACGCUGAACAUGGAGCAUCGCCGGAGUAGUCUCCGUGGCGAUGAGGACAUCUUCUCUGCUCUGAAGGCUUCGCGGCAGGGUGAGCGAUCAGGAGAACAUCCACUGUCUAAGAGCGUGGCUGCCAGCCCUGAGACCGAACGAAGCGAGCCCUUCUUGGCCCCGAACAAAGCGCACAUGCAGCCUGGGACCGCAUCAACCGAUCUAAAACUUCGGCCAACGGUGUCACGACCCAGCCCACCCGAGCGCUCCAAGACGAUCAUGUCGACGACAAGCUCGGGCCGCACUAUGAAGCAAUCUGACAUCGGCAGGGGCCGAGAGUCGCCACCCCCAUCUCCCGGUCUGCCGAGCACGCCCAUUGCGCUUGCAUCACCGGGCGGCUCCGGACUACAGUCUAUCUUCAGUAGCGGUGCCGCCCGUCGCGCACUGAAGAGCUUGCGGGAAGCGAGCAUACCAAGGAGUGAAGUGAGAGGGCGCUCACAGGACCGCGUGUCGAUACACUCCAUCGAUGCGCACGGAGAACCCACCCUUGCUCUUAGUCAGACCAGCGCAGAGGGUCUCGUCAACCCACCUCAGGCGCUACAAGACAUUGCCCCGAAAAGCAGCGCUCCCAGCAGCAUUCAGAACAGCCCAGUCGGCUCCAGAUCGCACUCUGUCGUCUCGUCGCCACAGGAUCGUCUGCAGCCGCUACCUAACUUCCCGUCUGCACUAUCUCGUAAUAGCUCGGGUGGAUCGAUAAGAUCGAUCAGCAGGUCCAGCGAAGCACCGGUAGCAGUUGCGAGCCCACCAGUAGCUAUUGCAAGCCCCGUGGCGUCUCAAGCCCGCGAAGCCAUUGGAUCAAGUGCUGCGGACUGGCAACGUGCGGAGGAUGAGCACAUCAGGAAGAUCAUCCGCGAAGAGCAGGAGAAGGCUGCACGCAUGACGAGUGCUUUCGAUGACCGUACCUGCCCGCCUAGUCCAGAUGAUCAAAGGGUGAAGCGGCGACAGUCCCAGCACCCUCCGCCGCUUGAACUAUCUACCCCAGCGUCAUCACACGAAACUAGCCCGACAGGCCAGAUUUCGCAACUCCCCGCGGCUAUGGUGUCGAGCUCAUCGGACUUUGGCUCGGCGGUCUCCAUGUCGGUGUCGAACCCGUCGAUACCGUCUGUCAUCUCAGAGGCCUCUUCAAUCGAUCCAGCGGACGGUGCGCCGCUUGAGGAAUUCGAGUCGAAGCGGAACGACUCCUCCGGUGACACUCUCAACCCCAAGCCCUUGAUGAUCGAAGAAGAAGAGGAAGCGGUCGACGAGGGCUACAGCCCAGACCAGGAUCAAGCUCUCGACAGCGACAACGAAGAGUAUGAGGAUUCCUCGGACAGUGACGGUGGUUUAGUCAUGUCGAGGCGUAAAUCGAAGUCCUCGCACACCGGCGGACGUAGCGGAGGCCAUCCAUCCGCCGCUGAGAAAGCCGGCAUGAAGGAACGACGAGGUACCGGCUGGUCGAAGAAGUCAAGCCGAAGCGGCAGCAAUAAUACCAUGAAGAAAGUUCGCACACCGGACAGCGAGGAUGAGCGUAGCAGAGACUCGCACGAGCUCCGCGAAGAAGACUGA